AUGAAGUCCAUCUUCUCCCGCAAGAAACAGAAGGACAAACCCAAUGCCGCGGCGACGGAGACCGCCAAGUCCCCGAAGGACCCACCGCUGGGUGACGGCGAACAGCCGCCCGCGGCCUCCAAGACGUCCUCCCCCUCCCCGCCCCUCGCCCUAUCGCCCACUCAGACCCCCCACCCCGCCCCGGCCCUCGUCCCGCAUGAGGGGAUCUCCGGGCCCUCCUCCCUCGCCGGCAGCCACGCGGUCCUUCCGGUCGCCCACGCCGCCGUCGUGCCGCCCCGCGCCUUCCCACUGACACCGCGUGGGAGCACAUCACAGUCACUGGAGGGGAUGGCGACAGUUCAUGCGGGUCCACACAAAAUGGUAGUGCCUUCUCCCAUGGCAAAGACAGCACCACUCCAUCCGCAGAUGGUUAAGGGUCCGUUACCGCCCGGAGCAAAGCUUAUACAUGGGGGUGCUCUUCCACCUGGUGUAAAGUUGAUGAAAGGCCCUGUACCUCCUGGAGCAAAGCUUAUAAAAGGACCACCUCCACCUGGUCUUAUGAAGAAGAUGGGACCACCUCCUGGAGUUUCUCCAAAGCAGAUGAUGCAUUCCCCCCAGCAAAUACCACUCAAAAUAAUCCCAGGAGCAAAAUCACCUACUAUCGCACCACCACGUUUGCCUCCAAGAAAAGUAUCGCCUAAAUUUUUUCAUCCUAAAUUCACAGAGGAAGGGCAUGGUUUGCUGUCACCACCAUCACCGCCUCUAUUGCUACAUGAGCAAGAGAAACAAUCGUUGUCUCGUUCAGGUUCACGAAGGCAUUCAAGCCUUGUUGCAAAUAUUAGUAGUGGACAUCAAGAGAAACAACAUAAUAGUAAUUCUCUUGGAGAAAAUGUAGAUGGUGAAGAUCACCAAUUACAAGUACCAGGAGUAUCAAUAAAAAGAAAUGAUGAUAUUGUAGUAGUGCCGUCUACUCCAAGAAAUGAUAGCGAUAGUGAUAAUGAAUUGAAAUUUGUUAUUGAACCUGACUCUGUUGAUGAUCUGCCUCAAGCAAAAAAAGAUAAUCAUAUAAUGCGAAAAUUUAGUCGUUCAGCAUCUAAUGCGUCCUCAUUACAAUUUCAUGCAGAAGAAUCAAGAAACACUUUUGAGACCAUUGGGGCACGAGAUAGUGUAACAGCAAAACCUCAAGGAAACCGUAGUUCACUACAAUCUUCUCGAAGAUCAUCUCAAUCAAGGGAAUUUACCCAUGGUGUGGCAUCUGCUGGGACAUCCCAAACUGAGAGAAGAAAAUCAAUUACAAAGGAAGACGAUCAUAUUGAUGUACGACACACCAAACAACAUCGUACAUCAUCUAUUCCUACCCCUUCGAAAGAAGAAUACGUAAGAACACCUAAGGAACAACAAAUCAAGAAGGAGGAUAAAAAAGAUGUCUCUGAGGCUAGAUCUUCUCUCACACCACUUCGCUUGGAUAAGACAUUGUCUCGUAAGAAUGAAGAUGAUUUUUCUUCUAUACCGUUAGUGCUUCCAGAAGAACAUUCUGAGGAAGAGGUAUUAACUGCAGUCUCAGAUUCCAAACUUUCAUCUAGUGUUCGUAGUCGUGUCGCGGAGCAGUUUUUGUCAAUUUUAUGUCCACAACAAUUCUAUGGUAAAGUUACUAAAAUACAUCGAAUUCGAUUAGUAAAAAGCGAUCCCGAACGUGUACCUGGAAUUAAAGAGCAUAAUACUAUUUAUGUUGCCACAAAGGGUGUAUUACCGAAUCAGUUUUUCUACCCUCAGUUACGUCUAAAAAUAUCAGAUGGUUCACCAGUUAGCGAUAACGAAUCCCCUGGUAGUUUAGAUACACCUAUAGUUCUUUAUGAAGCUGCACCAGGUAAUAUGCUUUUUGCUGAUACAGAACUUGAAGCUAAACAUAUUAUGGAAACAAAUACAACUGCAAAUAGUUGUUUUGUAUUGGAAAAAUCUGCCAUAGUGUUUAGAGAGCCGCAAAAGUAUGCACUUCCAAUAGCGAUGUUAACUGUACGAUGGAUUCCUUAUACUGUACCAGAAUCGGAACCUCAAUGUCCUGUACAUCACAAAGAACUUCAAUUAUUUGAUCGUUACACCAAAGAACUUCUUUGUGCUCUUUGUGUAUCAAAGAAUGGUGCAAAUACUUCUGAGCUUGUUGUUAUUCCUGAUGUACUUAAUGGAGAUUCUCGUCGUCGUAUAACAGAAACACUUACUCGACAACUACAACAAGGAGAAAAAACUGCUGUACAAUGGGUAAGUCAACAUAAGCGAAUUGUUUCAAUAGCGAAACAUAAAAAAGAUGCUGUUAAUCAACAAUUUGAUAUGCUUUUAGCUGCUAUAAAAUCUAAACGAGAAGAAUAUCUAGAACAGUGUGAUGCUACCUUUGGUUUUGCACUAAGUACUGUUGCAAAGGAAAUUCUUAUGGCGGAUGAAAAAAUUCGUUUACUUAAAGCAGGAAUUGAUCAUUUACGUACAGAAAGUACUAAGCCAUUAUAUUCUAUGCAAAUCGCUACUGUAGCAAAUGCGUUAUAUGCAUCAGAUGAGUUUCCAAAUUCUUUUUCGAUAGAGUCACUUAAAAUACCUGUAUUAACGAAUGAGUUAACACCAAAUUUAGAAACUGCCAUGUCAGACAUACAGCAGUUAUCUCCUACGAUUUCGAAAGUAAAUAUUAAUCGACCACGUUCCCCAUUUGGUAUUAGAAGUAAAGAUGAUGAAAUUCAAGAAGAAGAUUUACAACAAGGAAAAAAUCAUCAUAAUAAUCAUCAUCAUCAUUAUCAUGAACUUCACAAGCGGCAUGAUAAGGCGGAUCAAAGACAAAAAAGAGUGGGAAUUAUUUCGUCAAGGAAUCAAUCAUCAUCACGAAGCAUGAGGGAAAGUAAUCAUCGACGAAAAAGUUUACUUCGUUCGAAUAGUAAUUCAAUACGUUCUGAUGGAUCACGUGCGCUAUCCCUAAGACAGUCUAUGCCUCUUAUACCACGUAAUGUGAGUACAAACUAUAUGCCAGAGGAGGGUGGGACUUUCUCUAGAAUAAGGGAUAGUGGUGAAUGGAUAGCUCUUCCUGGGUGUCGUGGAACUUGUCUUCUAGAUGUAUCCAUUAAUGAGAUGUUGAAAGAAGAAGAUGAUGUACGGAGCAGUCGAACAAAACCUAAAUACCUUCAGUGGACACUAAAGGUAAAUGAUCCAGGUGAAUGGGUGGGUAUUGGAGUAGGUGUGGGUAGCAGCCCUCAAUCUUGGUGUGAAGGUCAAAUACCUGAUCUUAGCCAUCUUUGGUUGGUGACAUGCGGUAAUACUAGACAUACAUUUACUCUUCGAGUUACUUUAAAUCCAAGUGUAGGUCAUGCAAAACUUUCUAUUCAUGAUCAAAAAGGAAGGCAACUUGAUGAUGGUCGUAUACCGCAGUGGAACGCAGCUCGUACCUGUUACCCACAAGUGACAUUUGGUGGCCGCAUUGGAGAGGUAAACCUAAUUGAAGGUCCCCACGUUGUAUUCAAAUAA